GAAGCACUGAGACGCGUGUGUGUGUGUGUGUGUGUGUGUGAGUGAGAUGGCGGAGGGGGAAGUCCCUCAGGAAAUCCCCGCACCAUUUACUGGGUGAAAAACUGUGACCUUCUGAGCUUCUUUUUACAAAGCCAUGCUCCCUUCGACACCGACCUGAUGAGAAAAUAUUAUAUAUACAUUUUAAUAUAGAAGAAAGUAAAAAAAAAGUAGACUUUUUUUUAAAAACAUUGUAAAGAAAGGAAAAAGAAAGAAAGAAAGGCGGAUUCUGAAAGAUGGACGACGACGUUACGAAGUUGCGGAGUUGCGCCACUUUGAACACUUUCUAUCACGAAACCCAGCAGGAGAUCGCAAAUCUAAGCCGCCAGGUCAUCACUCAAGAAGGAGUUAUCGCAGAAUAUAAAAACAGACUGGCUAAAUACGAGAGGACGUGUGUGAGAGUUGAAGGAGAAGAACCCUGCUUGGUUGGACCAUCUAAAUCUCUGGUGGAGAGCUUGUGUAAGGAGAACUAUAAACUGAGCCAGAAGCUGAAAAAGGCAGAAGUGGACUCAGCUGAAAAACUGGAGGAGAUCCAAAGGCUACAGCAGAAGCUGAGGGAGAAGGAGCAGAUGCUGGAUCGGCCAGAGUACGAGAAGGAGCACGAGAUCCUCCGGCUGAGAGCCAGCCUGGCAGCACGUGACCGGGAGCAGGCCACCCGGGAUGUUCUGUGCAACUCGUUGGCUGAUGAAGCUGAGCAGCUCAGGGGGCAGUUGGUGGCCACGGUGAGAGUGUGUGAGGAGCUGCUGGGGAGGAUGGAGAAGCAGAAGAGUCAGCCGGCCAUCACCGAGCAUAAGAUCCAGGGCAAUGAGCAUCCUGAUUUAAACCCGUUUGUGACUCCUCGUCAGGCGGCCGAUUCCUCGGAAGUCGCUCGAUUGAACGUCAUCACAAAGUUACAGGAGGAGAACCAGCAGCUCAAAAAUCGCGUGACAUACGUGGAGAACCUGAACUCCAAGUGGCAGAAAUACGACCUGAGCAGAGAGGAGUACGUCAGGGGAUUGUGUCAGAAGUUGAAGGAGUUGAGCGGUGGGACGCCUGCAGGAACCGUUACUCUGUACCAGCAGGAGAUCAACCGUCUCAACGGGCUCCUGGAGGAGAAGAUGCGCGAGUGCGACAGGCUGAGCCGAGAGCGAGACGAUUGCAUGCAGAGGAAAAAGGAGCGCAUACAGAUGCUGGAACAGCAGGUCCUGGCUUACAUUGAAGACUUUAAGUCGGAGAGAGCGGACAGGGAACGGGCUCAGAGCAAAAUCAUGGACCUUCAGGACGAAGUGGGGCGUCUGCAGCUGCAAAUCCGAGCGCAGAAUUCCAGGGAAGCCACUCCAACACGGAGGCUCCUACCCAACUUAAAGAAAACAAGCCGUAAGCAGGCGGAGACGGUCGAGCCGUUAUUGCGGAACAGCCCCCCGGACUCGAGCGCCAGGCGGCCAAUCGCUCAGCUAGCUGCAUUCGGGACCGGCACGUCCGAGCUCCAGUGCCCGCUUUGCCACACCAUGUACGACGAUAAUCACACGGACGAAUACAUGAACCACUGUGAGGAGUGCGCCCGACUCUGACCUCCACACAUUUCACACUCGGACAAAACAAGAUGCACUACAGAGGUGUGUGGAAAAGAAGGCAGCGUGGAGACGUUAACGCCAAAGCGUACGACCUUCACGUCUGAAAGGGGAUUAAAUCCUCAGACUGGACUUUUCCACUUUUUCAGCCAUAUUAGGAUUUAUUACAACUCUGGAAGAGGAACUGAAACAGGAACGCUCCGAGAAAACCGACUUCAGAUUUAAAACGGGUCAUUCCUGAUUUAUAGACUCAUCGGGUCCACAGAAACGAGUGCGCAGUUAUACCACGGCACUUUCCAGAUUCUCAAUUCCGAUUGGUUGAAAGCUGCUGAUUUGAUUUCUAGACAGCAGCAGUUCCGAUACUUGGACAGUUUACAGGUUUAUAUCAAUGUGCUGUUUUUGAUAUGAAAUGGCAAGGAAUUAUGUCGUAAUAAAUACUUGCACCACUCCAUUAUUGAAGGAGUUUCCAGUAUCAGGAAACAGGCAGAGAUAAAGCUAUACGUUUUCUGCCAUGAGCCACCUAACUUCAACUUAUUUCCUGCAAGA